GUACUACGCGAGUCAGUCGACGAUCUGCCGGCCGAGAGCGCGGAUGCGUCGGAGGAGAUUCUAAUCGUCGUACGUACAGUGGCCCGCAGAGAUUACGUUCGCCCUUUUUACACUACCCUUUGGUACUCCGGAGAGCACAACCGAGAGCAAUAAUAAUACUGAUCAUCGUCAUUAUCAUUCGUCAGCGAUUUCAUCGUUAAUCAAAUAUCGCGUUAAUCAUCGUCGUUUGUCCGUACUCGUUUGCGUGGUUAUCCUCGCCGUGCUAAACGUUGUAUCGAUAAUUCUCAUCGUUGUUGUUACCUAUUGCGAGAGAGAAAGAGAAAGAAAGAAAGAAAGAGGGAGAGGUAAAGGCGCCACCCCUAAAUGGGAAAAGUCAACCCCUUUGCGAAGGUUGGCAAUUUCUGGUAGGAAGUAAAAAGUAAUAGGUGUGCGUGCGUGUCUGUCAGCGCCACAGCAGCAGCAGCAGCAGCAGUAGCAGCAGCAGUAGCAGCAGCAACAGCAGCAGCAGCAGCAGCAGGUUCCCCUCUAUCGAUCGAAUUUGACCUGCAAAGUUUCCCCUAGCGUCGACGGCCUCGCCGUCGUCGUCGUCGCCGUCGUCGCCGUCGCCGACGCGCCGUCGUCGUCGUCGUCGUCGUCGUUGCCAACGUUGCCAUAGUCGGUCGCGUGUGUGCGGUUAGUGUGACACAGAGCAGUGCUGGCUAUCGAACGCUUGGAUCCACCGGCAACACGCACGUACGCACGCACACACACCUACCUAUAUAGAGGAUUAACGCGUUCGGCAUGGCUGCCCCAGCCGCCUGCACGCGGUUUAGUGACAACUAUGAUCUCAAGGAGGAACUUGGCAAAGGCGCCUUUUCCGUGGUACGCCGAUGCGUUCAAAAGAGUUCCGGCCAGGAGUUUGCGGCGAAAAUCAUAAAUACGAAGAAACUCUCUGCCAGAGAUUUCCAGAAACUUGAACGCGAGGCACGAAUAUGUAGGAAAUUGCAGCAUCCAAAUAUCGUGAGACUGCACGAUAGCAUACAAGAGGAAAACUAUCAUUAUCUUGUCUUCGACUUAGUCACCGGCGGUGAGCUUUUCGAGGACAUCGUUGCGCGAGAAUUUUACAGCGAGGCGGAUGCUUCCCAUUGCAUCCAACAAAUCUUGGAAAGCGUCCACCACUGCCACCAUAACGGAGUUGUGCACAGGGACUUGAAACCAGAAAAUUUACUUCUCGCAAGUAAAGCAAAAGGUGCGGCUGUUAAAUUAGCAGAUUUUGGAUUGGCGAUCGAGGUGUCUGGUGAAUCGCAAGCAUGGUAUGGUUUCGCUGGAACGCCCGGCUACCUCAGUCCAGAGGUUUUGAAGAAAGAACCUUACGGGAAACCUGUCGACAUUUGGGCAUGCGGAGUUAUUCUUUACAUCCUUCUCGUUGGUUACCCACCAUUUUGGGACGACGAUCAGCAUCGAUUGUACGCCCAAAUAAAAGCUGGCUCUUACGAUUAUCCAAGCCCAGAAUGGGACACCGUAACGCCAGAAGCAAAGAAUCUUAUCAAUCAGAUGUUAACGGUGAAUCCAAGCAAAAGGAUCACCGCAAACGAGGCAUUGAAGCAUCCAUGGAUCUGCCAACGUGAGCGUGUUGCAUCGGUUGUGCACAGGCAAGAGACUGUGGAUUGCUUGAAGAAAUUCAAUGCAAGACGCAAAUUAAAGGGCGCUAUUUUGACGACGAUGUUGGCGACACGGAACUUUUCCAGUAAGUAUGAUCCACAGGGUCGAAGUAUCAUCACAAAGAAGGGCGAUGGUUCUCAGGUGAAGGAAUCCACCGACAGCAGCACAACGAUCGAGGAUGACGAUGUCAAAGCACUGAUACAGUGGAUCGAGAAUGCGAACCAGGAUAAGAAGGGCGGCGUCGACCGGAGCAGCACGGUCAUUGCCAAAGAACCCGAAGGAUCGAGUUCCAGCGGUGGUGUAACACCGAGCAAUCCAGGAGGAGCACUUUUCUCCUUGAUAGAUAGCGUCAGCAAACAACCUACUACCAAUCAGGGCCAAGCGCAAACGGCACAAAUUGUAAAUCAGAGUCAACCGACAACGGGUCAUGCUCAAGUGCAGCCCACGGCCAGUCCGCUUGGAUUAGCCGCUGUACUCCUUCAAGGAGCGCAAGCUGGCAGCACAGGAAGCGUGGGCAGUGGUUCGAGCAGUUCGAGCAACAACAGCCAAAACAGUCAAACAGGGGCGUCGCCCUCCUCAGCGGCCACGGUUUACCUCAGCAACCCCAGCAACGUGCCGCCGCCCUCGCGACGCCACGACUCUUCGGCCACCGAACGAGAAGUUCGGCGUGCGGCAGUCUUUGAUAACCCAGCUCAUCCUUCAACCAAUUGCAACGGCGAACGCGACGACGACAUAAGAAUCGUGUGUCCUAUCAAGACCUGCAGCCAGCUUUCGACGAACUCCCAGUGCUCAGCACGUCGUCAAGAGAUCAUCAAAAUGACGGAACAAUUGAUCGAGAGUAUCAGUACCGGUGACUUCGAGGCUUACACGAAAAUCUGCGAUCCACACUUGACCGCAUUUGAGCCAGAGGCUCUAGGUAAUUUAGUCGAGGGAAUGGAUUUCCACAAAUUUUACUUUGAUAAUGCGGUCCUCGGCAAAAACUGCAAGGCCGUCAACACGACGAUCCUGAAUCCACACGUGCACUUGCUCGGCGAGGAUGCUGCGUGUAUUGCCUACGUCAGGCUCACACAAUAUAUGGACAAGCAAGGUGUAGCACACACACACCAAAGCGAAGAGAGCCGUGUCUGGCACAAGAGGGAUAACAAGUGGCAAAACGUGCAUUUCCAUCGGAGCGCAGUCACGGGGCCAACGUCCUUCUCAUUCAGUCACAAAUAAACCUGAAUAUUACGUUAGCUCCGUACUACUCCGGAGAUGUUGCUCUUCGUCAAAAAUAUCAACACA